UUGGUGAUGUAAUGAAGUAAAAGAGGAGUAAAAUGGCGGAGAACAGUGGCACAGAUCCUGCCGUGGACAGGAACGCCGAGGAAAAUGCUGCCACCAGCGGGACCAUUAUAAUGGUUACUGUCAAAACACCUAAGGAUAAGGAGGAAAUAGCGAUCUCGGAAGAUGCGUCUGUUGCACAGUUCAAAGAAGAAAUCUCCAAAAGGUUCAAGGCAAAGCAGGACCAGUUAGUCUUGAUCUUUGCCGGCAAAAUCCUGAAAGAUGGCGACACACUCACUCAACAUGGCAUAAAGGAUGGCCUCACCGUUCACCUUGUCAUCAAAACUGCACAAAAGGCCACGGGCGGAGGUUCCACAGCUGCUUCGUCCAGCUCUGUAGCGUCGCAGGUCAGCAGCGGCACCACAGCCACGGCGAACACUAGUCCAGCUGGAAACCUGGGCACAUCACAGGGCACCGCAACAUCGCCGGCUCCCUCGCAGCCAUCCAACAUAUUCACUGGCUUCGGUGACCUGUCCAGUCUGUCCAACCUGGGCAUGGGCUCGGCCAACUUCAUGGAGCUCCAGCAGCAGAUGCAGCGGCAGCUCAUGUCCAACCCCGAGAUGCUCUCGCAGAUCAUGGAGAACCCACUGGUUCAGAACAUGAUGUCCAACCCCGACCUGAUGAGGCAGAUGAUCAUGGCCAAUCCGCAGAUGCAGCAGCUGAUGGAGCGAAACCCAGAGAUUUCACACAUGCUCAAUAACCCUGAGCUGAUGAGACAGACGAUGGAGUUGGCGAGGAACCCUGCCAUGAUGCAAGAAAUGAUGCGUAACCAGGACCGGGCGCUUAGCAACCUAGAGAGCAUCCCCGGGGGAUACAACGCUCUCCGGAGGAUGUACACAGACAUCCAGGAGCCCAUGUUUAGCGCCGCACGCGAGCAGUUUGGAAACAAUCCCUUCUCAGCCUUAGGUGGGAACACAGAGAACUCGGGGGUCCAGCCCUCCAGGACGGAGAACCGAGAGCCACUGCCAAAUCCAUGGGGACCGCCUGAGACCACUUCUACUGGGACUGCCACCACCAGCACCUCUACCGCAAGCUCCACCACCCCCAGUGUGUCCAAUCCCCUGGGCAUCAACUCUGCCAGCUUGGGCUCCGGCAUGUUCAACAGCCCGGGCAUGCAGAGCCUGAUGCAGCAGAUCUCCGAGAAUCCUCAGCUGAUGCAGAACAUGCUCUCCGCUCCCUACAUGCGCAGCAUGAUGCAGUCUCUGGCGCAGAACCCUGAUGUCGCCUCACAGGUGUUGAUGAACAACCCUCUUUUUGCUGGAAACCCCCAGCUGCAGGAGCAGAUGAGACAUCAGUUGCCAGUAUUUCUACAGCAGAUGCAGAACCCUGAAGCCCUCUCUGUGAUGACAAACCCGCGGGCCAUGCAGGCUCUGAUGCAGAUCCAGCAAGGCCUCCAGACCCUCCAGACCGAAGCUCCUGGACUCAUGCCCAGUCUGAUUACCGGAGGAGUUCCUGGCGGGACCCCCGCAGGUGUUAACGUGACCCCCACAGGGGUUGGCGGGAUCCCCGCAGGGGUUAACGUGACCCCCGCAGGGGUUAAUGUGACUUCUUCCGAGAGUGCUCCUCCACCCCCUACUUCUGGACAGGGCUCCGCCCCUGCCGCCGGACCCAACUCCUCCCAACAGCAGCUCAUGCAACAGAUGUUACAGAUGUUCGCCGGCGGGAGCGCAUCGACCCAGACUCCGGAGGUGCGUUUCCAGCAGCAGCUGGAGCAGCUGAGCGCGAUGGGCUUCAUCAACAGAGAGGCCAACCUGCAGGCGCUCAUCGCCACAGGAGGAGACAUCAACGCCGCCAUCGAAAGACUGCUCGGCUCGCAGCCAUCUUAAUCCCUGCACCACCUAAUCACAACCAGAGACAAGUCACAGUCACGAACACAGUCCCGGUCAUCACCUAAUAUCUGACAAAUAGACUGAAUUCCAGUUGCUUCUUCCUUUAACGCGGUUGAUCUGUGAAUCUUAGGAAAUUGGGGUUCUCAAAUUUAUUCCCUUAAAAAAAAAAAAAAAAAAUCUCGCCGGAAUGACAUCAGGCUAAAACCCGUCAUUCAUUUCUGACUGCGUCCAUUAAUAAAUACAACAGGGCAAUGCUGUGAACCAAGUGUAGGUUAUCAUUCCUUUUAAUUGACACGUACUCACUCGAGGCACUACUUCUUUCUGGUUUUUGGGGAGUAGAAAAGCAUAAAGGUGAUCUUCCAAGUCAGAAGAACUCUUUGUCUUUCAUGAGGAUGGUCAGCUUCCUUAAUCUUCAUUUUUUUUUCCCUCUGUCACUCUCUCUCUCUCUCUCUCUCAUUCUCGCUCUCCCCCCUUCUCAUAAAUCAUACCUGACUAAACCAGUAUUUAUUGCAAACACCUAGAGAUUACCUUUUACUCCCUUAUCAAUGCUCCAGGAUUCACAAAGCUGCUCAGCUGAGAUUAAUCGAAAUGUAAUCGAUGAAAAUGUCCGAGUGUUUGUCCGAGCAUCAUAACAGCCUCACGCAGACGAUUGCUUACUCUUCAGCUGUUUAGAGGGGAAUUAAUUAUUAUUUUUUUCUUUCUUCUUCGUUUUGAAAGAUGUUGGAUAUCCAGUCAGCUCUUAGACUUUAUGCCUUUUAGGAGCAUUCUGAUUGAUUGAAUUGGUGGUUUAAAAAAAGAAAACAAUUAAGCUUGUGGUUUUGGGGUAAGGUUGUAUAACAAGGCAUCAAUAAAAAAAACAACUAUUUCUCAGCUUACAAGCAACGCUGAAAGCAGACACCGUUUGUUUUGACCAUAUCUUUAUGCUUUGAAAUAGUACUCUAGUGUGUGUGUGGGGGGGGGGGAAAGACCCGCAUUGUGCGCCGGAUACAUCAUCUUACAGUUGAUGUAGUGAGUACGCCUGGUAACAGCAUGAACGUGAUGCUUUCCUGUGCGCCGAUCUCAGUGCUAAUCAUCACGACUCUAAUGGAACUAACAGUUGAGUUUUUGAUGUGAAUUAAAAUGUGUUUUUUUUUUUUUCUCUUUUUUUUUUUUUUUUUUUUUUUGCUGCACGUUCAUAAUCCACUCUUUCAUCUUAUUUGAUUAAUUACAUUGCAAUAAUCUGAACUCAUACUGGAGUUGGUAUGUUUCUUUAACAAAAUGUUGGCACCAAAUUGACAGCGAUUCUGUUUUAAUAAAUGCAUUUCAAGGCAUGUCUAUAGGGCUGGUAAUGGUGGGUAAUGAGGCAGAUAUGAGGUACUUGAAGACCCCCCCCCCCCCUAAUUUAGUUUUGCUUUCAAAGUACUACACUGUAAAACCAGAUAUGGUCCAUUUAACUCAAACUUGUUAUAUUUAAGUGUAUUUGGCUUAAAGAGAUUGAUUCACCAACUUAAAAUUGUGAGCUAAUUGGUUUCCUCUCAUUUUUUUUUUUAGUUAAAUGGACUUGUCCGGUUUUACAGUGUAGGAAAACGAAUAACGGACGAACUGUCAGUCGUUACUGUGAGUAAUUAUGCAGUUACUCAUCGUUAUAAAGCUACUAAUGAUAGCUUUGAUUGUCGCAGAAAAGCGCGUGUCUGACCAAAAUAAAAAAUCUAUAUAAAUAUUCAUGUUCUAUCUAAUCAUGAAAAGGUUAAAGGUGUGCAUGGGACUGUUUUAAUUCUACUUCCACCUAUUCCUGCAGCUAUUAUUAUUAUUGGGAUGUUGUGUAAUGAAUUUAGUCAUAUCGUAGAUGAGAGGCUAAAAUCUAACGUCUACCGGUAGCUUGAUGAUGAAAAUUAUUACGGCUGAGCAAUGCAUUAUAUCAUAUAAUGUUUACGUACACGUUUUAAAGGCGAAUCGGCAGCCUUUUAUUGUGAUUCUCUCUGAAUACCACAAACGCAAAAGUCAAACUGAAAAUCUGAAGCUGCGCAACGUGCUGAGUCUAUCGACUUUUAGUUUCUAGUUAGGCGGGGACGGAAAAACCAUGAUGGAGUAAUUAAUCCACUUCGUUCCCGUUUAUUAGUAUUUCGCAUGCGCCUUCACGGGCGCUGCUGCUGAUGUGUGACGGAUGUCUCUGAAUAAUAUCACCCAGAUGAAGACCCAACCUAAGGGGCGUGUCACUCUGUGUAAUCACCGUCACUGAUAGACUGCACGAAUCUACAGUAUAGGCUGGAGAGACGUCAGCCCCAGCCUCACUUCUCGCUCCUUCACACCGUUCUAUUAUAUAUAUAUAUAUGAGACUUGGUAGUGCUGUUGUGCUCAUUUCCACAAAAGUCUACGAGAAUCCACUUUAAAACAUUUCGUAACCGCUAAUUCUACCACAGCGUGGCAAUUCACAAGGUGUGCAUUCAUUUACUCUCGGAGCAUGGCUCAUGCUGUAGUCAGGUUUCUAUGAAUGCACUACUUCUAAAGUAUCAUCUCAUUCAGAGGGGCUUCUACGGCAGACGCUCUAUGUAAAUCUAUAGCGUAUAAUAAACUAUAUAAAUAAUCAAGUGUGGUGUUCAAAGAACGGCAUCGUUUUUGAUGUGGAGAGGUUUUCUCUAAUGUGGGGAUGUUUACGUAACAUUUAUGGAAGGAGUCUCCAGUGUCAGUGCUUCAUUGGGAAGUUUCCCCAUCUUCCAGAGAGAGGAGUUUAUGCUUUUUUUUUUUUUUUUUUAGUGUCUCGGUCACAUGAUAAGAUUCUUCUUCUUUUCUUUUUUUUUUUUUUUUUUUUUUUUUCUUUUCCGAGUGAGGAAUAAAGAAAUGCUGGUGAGGGAAUGACUGUUUGAAGCGACUAACCUAAGGGAACAACAGGAAAUAAUUUGUCUCGCUGACCUUCCACAACAUUAAAUGUAACUAUGAGCAGAUAAAGCAUGACGUGUCGUUCAUUAAUGAAUUAAAUCAGUGUGAUCAUUUGCAAAUCGUGUAUUAUUUUCAUAUGAGAGCACAGUCACGUGAUGUGUUAUUCCUUACAUCUUACACUGAUGUCUUUCUUUUGACCUGCUCAACACACGAGGGAUUUAAAUCACACUAACCGUGACCAGGAUAACGCAUUCACUGAAGACGAAUGACUAAACGGUAAACGUGCGGCAUAAGAGCCGUGGCCGGUACGCUCCCAUGAUAAUGAACACGGCCUUUCUUUGUCAUGCAAGAUUUAUAUCUGACCGAUACUCCCAUGCACGCCUCUGGUGAGAUCUAGAAUAAGAUUUCUUUCUUUGAACAAUAGGGACUCUCACUUGAAGAUGGAUAUUUGUUGGCCGCCUCACUAAUCCAAAAGGAAGGAAUAAACUAUGCAGGACGUUAACGCAUGACGUUUUCGCCUAACGCAUGCUGGGUACUGUAGUGACUAAACACUCUGUGCUACUCUGUGGAACAGGAUGAACUGCAGAUUAAGGGCUAAUUUUAUGCCAGAAUCCCGCUCUAAGUGAUCACAGUAAUCUGUAUUAUAGUCCCGUAUUGCCCAGUUCUAGUGAAACACGAUGACGAUCUUUCUGUGAACCUGUCCCUGUUGGAUCGAGUCAACAGCAGCCUUGAUCGAAAUCCUGUGCGGUUUUGUUCGUCUGCUCUGAACGACGUGGAACUGCUUUUUUUAAAUGAACAAUACGUUUCUUACGUCCAUCACAGGGAACCGUGAACGCACACACGUUUACACCUCCGUGCUUGUUUUUUUUUUUUUUUUUUUUGGGAGGAAAUCGGAGAACCCAGAGGAAACCCACGGUAAGAUGCGGAGAACGUGAGAAACCCGAGUUAAAGCUGUGAAAAAUUAAACGUGUGUGAAGUAAGGAAUAACAUGGAACAGACCGGACAAGUCAUACGGAAAAUAAUGCAGGGUGGAGGGGUGUGAUGCGACAUGACCUGCAGCAUUAUGUUCUUGUAGGACCACAAAUGUUCUGGAGUGUUCUCACAGCGAUUGGCCAAUGAUUAGUGUUCACUUCAUUCGUGACCGAUACGUUACACAUUUUAAUGAUUUAUAGUUGGAUGUUGUGGAACGUCCGAGAGACUAGUUAGUUCCUGUUCUCGCCUUCAUUAUAGCGAUUACCUCUCUCUCUCUCUUUCUCUCUCUCUCUCUCUCUC